AAGUAUGCACGGCGCUGAAGGGAUAAUCCUUUCAGGCCACAGAAACAAGGGUACCACAAGAGCCGGCCAAGGGAAGGGAAUGGGACCUCUUGGUGUCAAAGUAUUGCCUCCUGCAUGGCCAUGCCCCAAACGGUGCAUUUUUUGCCGAGGCACCCCGGCUACUCUUGUGUGGAAAGUGCUGUAUCCUCUAGACAGCGUUCUGCCCGUCACACACUUUGUGAUUUCAAGAAUCACCACUCCAGUGCAGAGCGCCAGUGGCCAUCAUCGUCAGGAGAUCUGGUCAACACGUCAUCAACACGUGACCACAUCACAGGACUACAAAACAGAUUGGCACAAGCAUCGCCUCGGGAUUUGCAGCCAAGUGUGCCAGAGCACCAACCGUAUUAAUAAUCUCUCGCAGUCGGCACAGGUUGUGGGAGCCGAGGGUGAAAGAUGAGGCAGACGGCACGUGACAGGCGGUCGGCGGAGACGACACGAGCUGGUGCAAGACAGUGCGUGCUGUGCGAGGCUAAAGCCGAACAAGAACGUCGGAGCCAAGCUGCCUGGCCUGGCCCAUGGCGAACCCCGGAGCGGUCCACCAUCGAGGUCUGGAGCAAGACCGGUGGAAACGGCGAGCCCUGGCCAUAUGACCUGGGCUAUGACAAUCACGGGGUAGUUCUGCAACGAGACUCGGGCAUUGAUAGCCUGGGACAGCCAGCCUACGCAUGCUGGCGUGGGAAAGACGAUCCGCAGGC